GUGUGCCAUAACAAUUGACAUCGCGAAUGUCAGCUUGCAAAAAAACGUAGAGGAAAAACCACACGAAAAUUGUUUUUUCCUCCUACGUGUAGUCUUUUGAAAAUAUUAGACUUUUUCUUAGGUCUCCUCUAUGUUUAGUGAGUGUAGCAGUAGAUAAACCAUGUCUGUGUUAAGUGAACAGAACUGUGAUGUUCAUCUGCACGCGGAGAUCGAGGUGCUGAAGCAGGCGCUGGCCGAUAAGCAGACGCAGCUGGUGGCGAUGGAGACUGCGUGCCUCCGGGAGAGCGACAGGCAAGUUGAGCUGGAGGACAGUAUCAUCGCGUGGCAGGACAAGUACGACCGCCUCUAUGAGUCCCACAAGCGAGUGCAGAAGGUCAACCAGAACCUGGAGGACAAGCUCCUGAAGCUGGUUGACAGGAAUUCCGGGGAACGGGCGCAGCUCACGAGCGACGUGGCCACGCUGAGCGUCCGCCUGGCCCAGGCGAACUACAACAUAGCUAAUCUGCAGAGGGAAAUCGAGCGCUACAAAAUGGAUAUGAGCUUAGCAAUUCAGUUGCUGCAGUGCAAGCCAGAUAGCUUCGUAUCGCAGAAGAUAUCAUCGCUUCCGGCGGAGAUUCAGUCGAAGGUGGCGUCGUACAUGCGACUGGACACGAAUUCUCACUCAGACUCGGAGGGAAGCACCAGCGGCACGGCGGACGCCACGAGGUCCUAUCGUGUCCUCCCGGCCACGGACAGCCCGCCACCCCUCUGCCCAUUCCCACCCACGGCCAUGGUGUACUCAAUGCGAGGACUCGGUAAGUAUGCCGCCCAAGGGCAGGAUGCACGAGAUCAAGUGAUCACGCCGUCGAUGAUGUCGAAAUUUCUCGAGGAUGAGCUAAAGUCUAGCGAAUUGAAGCACUGCGAGAGUUGUCAGUGCACCACGAAGGAUCUCACAGUGCUGCCGGACACGCAAAAGACCUACAGCGUGGGCACUCAAACCCUCCUUCACGGGGAGGCCAAUAAUGCGCUCUGCUUGCGCUGCAAUAGCAAUCUGAAUUCCCCAUCGCGCACCAACAGUCCGUAUAUCAUGAAGCUGGUAAAGUCUAGCGACAGUGUGAUUAGCGAAACGAAGAGCAGCGUGUCGAAUUCCACGCAGAACGAGAAGCUCUUCACGCCAGCGAAGAAGGACGAAUUGAUGGUGAAUCCGAUUCUGGGGCAUCAUCGCAUCUGCGAUCGCACGAGUCUCAAGAGUCCACUGGAGCCGCUCACGGAUCCCAGCGACGUGGCGGAGGACAAGCAAGCGGCCUUGCCGACGCCGGACAAGACGCCCAAGUCCAUCAGCAGUCCAGACAAAGGACCUGCCACGAUGGGGAGCACCAACAGCUUGUGGAGCAAGACGAGCAGCUCCGAGGGACACAAGAUGUUCGAGACAUUUAACAAGAAUCUUAUUAAAACCAUUAAGUCUGAAAAUCCAAAGAUAAACGGGCCACGUCUGUGUUCGGUGCGCAUCCAGAAUGGCUCGACAAACAUUCUGCUGGACGGCGCCGAGGCCAGUCCCACGCCUGUGGUUUACACGCGUCGCCAGCGCUUCCUGGACGAGGAGCUGGACGACGCCAAGGAUGUGAUCACGACGGGUGAGGCGAAGAUUUCAAUGGUGAUGGCGAAUGGGAACAAGACAGACUCGGAAAAGUGCUUGGAGGCGGCGAGCGAGAUGGACAAGGAGGCGAAGAAGGUGAAGUCCACGGGCACACAGUCCAGCUCGGUGUCCAGUGACACGGAACUGCAGGAGACGGUGAUGCUGCGGCGGCAGCAACUCACGCGCGUGGCUGAAUGGGUGCAGACGACGCAGCUGGACAUACGAACACCGCCGGACGCUUCGCCCAGCGUCAAUAACAACAUGGAGCGGCAGCCGGAGGUGAACUGUGAUGCCCCGAAUGGGAACAAGGAGACGCCCGUGGAUUUGGCGCAGAUGGAGUACAAUGUGAAGCAAUUCCUGCUGAAGCAGAACGAGUGGUCAAUUCACAACAGGAGCGCGCAGCCGGUCGGCAAACCGCACCGGACGGAAACGAACCUGUAGGAAGGCUUCGGGCAGUGAUUCUCAAGUAUCGUGAUGUGAAUUUAUUUGUAUAUAUUUUUUUGUUAUUUAGUGGUUAAUUUAUAGACAUUUUUUUCAAUUGAUUUAAAAACUUUUCUUAUGGUUUUGAAUGGGUUUUCUUUUUGUAGUGAAACCAGAUUUUAAAAUCCUUAAAAGCUAGUCAAUUUGCUUUGCCAUAAUAGCAAUUAUUUGCGUGAAAACAUAAGAUUUUGAGAAUCACUGAACAAUUCAUAAGAUUUAAAGAGCGAAUAAGAAAGAAACCACCAUCAAAGGUAUCGCUGAUUGUAUAUUCUUAAAAAGUAUGGCAAACCUAUUUUAAUUUGUGAGCUUCCAGACAUUUUUUGGACUUUGCGAGAAAAAAGAUACGAAAAGACAGAUUUUGCCAAAGAGAUAUUAAAUUUUCUGCCUCUGUCUUCCUCACAAAAGACACUGUUUUCCUUGGUUCGAGAGCAAGAAGGGAAGUCUUUAAUAAGAGCAAAAAAAAUAUAUCGCAAGAAUAUCAUAUUUGGGCUUCUAAAUCGCUUUAUAUCGUCCCAAGAAAAAGGUUUAUGAAUAAGAUGAUAUAUCACAUCUGAAGAUUUCAAAGACGCUCUGAAAACAUACUCAAAAGCGACGUUUUACUGAUUAUAAAUACGGAAUAGAAGCUGUAUAGCCGAUAAUGAGAGUGAGAUAAAGAAUAUCUUAUGUACCACAUACAUAUAUUUUAAUAUUUAAACAAGAAAUUAAUUGAUAAGUGAAGUGAGGAUGCAAGCAACAAAUUUUGACAUAGAGAAGCAGACAAUUCUCAAGAUAAUCUCCUUUCUAUAAAUGCUUAGUAUCGAAGGACACGAUUAAAAGAGGCGCAUUUUAUUGUAAAACCCUAAAUAAAAACAUUUACAGAAAAGUCUGCAUUCCAUUUGUUACCUCUUAAGCCUCUUAAGAUAAAACAUCAUGCUAUUUAGUGCACAACAUGAGCUUCUAUCCUUCUUUUCUGUGACACAAAACUGUAAUAAGAAACUAUCUUUGUGUUGUGUUUGAGUGCAAAUUUUCAUUGUUAAGUUUUCUAGGAUAUAAAACUAUCGAUAUUUUCCGAUACAAAAAAAGAAAAAAAGAGAAAAAAAAGCCGGUGAGCUUUUAAGCUGAUUUGCUCAAGUUCGAAUUUGCGCUUACUUUUCAAAGCACACAUUUUUCUAGUCUCUCUUAAGGGAAAACCAAGCACAAAGAGAAGAGCAUUUUAUUUGUGACUCUGUCUUAAGCCAUCACAUUCCAAACCAUGUCUUUGUGGGUGAAUUAAGCAUGCAAAGACAUGAAAACUGAUGUUUUGUUCAUUUUGAUGUUUAACCUGAUAAGGCAUUAAAUAAAAGUGAGAAACACGACAGAAAA